CCUGGUAUGAGGUUUCUGAUUUACGGUCAGGCAGGAGAAGAGUAACAAUCACCAUGACUUCCCCCAGGGCUGCUGCAGGAACAGAAAGGAGAACCACAGAAGGGAAGAACCACUCGACCGUUCACAGAGUUGAGGAGAGACACGUGAUUCUUCUCUCAAAGGGGAUAAACAUUUCAACUGUGGAAGAUAACUGAAAAGACUGAAAACUCCCCUCAAACGAGGAAUAUUGGAUGUGUAGGACAAUUUUCACAUAAGGAAAACUGAUGUAAAGAACUGUGGAUACCAAUACAGGUAUUUUGUGGUGUUCCUGUAUAUUUUUCUUCUAAGUGUUUCAUAACAUAAAACCGCAAAAACUGAGAACUCUUCAAUAUUUCAGGACUGUGCCGAAAUGAAACUGAAGUUUUUCCUGCCUUUUGCACAUGGUUGGAAUAACAAGUUGAACUUGGAUUUUUAUGACAAACAAGCACACAACUGAAGAGAAAUUUUUCACUCUGUAAAUGUUCCAAACUUACAAGCUUGGUCUAAAGAUGUAUAAUAGCACCCUACAAAUUUAUAACAUCAGUACAAUGGGUGUCACUCAAAAUUACAUAAAUUGCAAUAAGAGUGAUGACUUCAAGUACCCUCUGUACAGUUCAGUUUUCAGCCUGGUGUUUGUAGUUGGACUUUUCUUCAACAUGGUGGCUGUAUAUAUUUUUGGGUGCACACUGAAGCUGCGAAAUGAGACAACGACAUACAUGAUAAACCUUGUCGUUUCAGACUCUCUCUUUGUUCUCAGCUUGCCUUUUCGGAUUGUUUACUUCAUUAAACGUGAAUGGCUAUUUGGAAGUGUGCUCUGCAAGAUCUCGGUGGCCCUUUUCUACACCAACAUGUACGGCAGCAUUCUCUUCCUCACCUGCAUCAGCGUUGACCGUUUCUUGGCCAUUGUGUACCCGUUCCGAUCCCAGACUAUUCGUACUAAGAGGAAUGCCAAACUGGCCUGCUGUACAGUGUGGGUGAUGGUUCUUUCUGGAAGUAUACCCACAGGGUUUGUUUUGGACACCACUUCACCCAUAAAUGCAAACUCCUCCUCAAACUUCUGCUUUGAAAACUACUCCAAAAAACAGUGGAAGUCUGAGCUGUCCAAGGUGGUGGUGUUUAUUGAGACUGUGGGCUUCAUUAUCCCAUUGAUGGUCAAUGUGUUCUGCUCGGUCAUGGUGCUACGGACACUGAGGAAACCACAAACUAUUAGCCGUGGAGGGAACUUCAAGAAGGCAAAAAUCUUGAGGAUGAUCCUUGUGCAUCUGCUUAUUUUCUGCUUUUGUUUCAUUCCCUACAAUUUCAAUCUCAUCUUCUAUGCCCUGGUCCGCUCCAAUGUCCUGAAGGGAUGCUACGCAGAAUAUGUGGUCAGAACCAUCUACCCCAUUGCUCUGUGCAUAGCAGUGACCAACUGCUGCUUCGAUCCAGUAAUUUACUACUUCACUUCAGAGACCAUUCAGAGCUCCAUCAAACGCAAGUCCACAAUGUGGCAUAAUGGUGCCAAGCUCCUCAGCAGACUACAGAUGGACAGCACACAAAGUAGUCCAAGUACAAAACCAAAAAGCCUGGCCCAGAGGACUGUGAGAUCAAAAACUUUUCACAAUGAGUCAACAGUCUAACCACAACUCUAUUAUGUGACAUGAUUAAUAAUUCAAUGUGUAUUGCUGGUGAAACUCGAUUUGAAUCCGAGGUUAUAGGUGGAAGCAGAGUGGCCCUGAAGAUCAUAACAACCGAUAAACACAAUGGUUACUAAGGAGUCACUCUCUCAGUGUCUACCAGAAGGCACAGAGACUUCAGACUGGGAUUUAUGGCUCUGAUCCCUAUUCAGUCAAUGAAAGAGGAGAGCAAGUCAAACACUUGAAAAUAGUAAAUUGUUUUGCAGCAUAUUUAUCAUUUAUCAGGUUGACAAUUCACAAAUGCACAUGUUAUAAUAAUCUUCAAUCUAUUAAGGACUGAAUUAUGAAUUUAUAAUGUGCAUAAGAGGAGAUGGCAGUUGUGUAAGCCAUAGUCAUGUGUAUAGUGCUGCAAAUAAGUAUCAGCUUUUAGUGUUAUUCCUCAGUGCAGAUUCUCUUAAGAAAACUCUUUUUUGGCAAUGCUAAAAACAGUAUUAAAGCUUUUUCUAUGUACUUUGAUGUGCAGUUUCUAAGUAUUCGCAGCCCCACUAAGGCUUUUUAAGCACUUUAUAGAGCAGCAUGUUCUGUAACAGCAUUUACCCUUUACACUGAAAGCAAAUAAAAGUUGUGAAAUGUUUGACGUUAGCAGAGUAUCAGUUGUAUGCAGGGCAUUUGUCUGGACUGAUUAGUCAUACAGGCACUAACAACACAGCUAAUGCAAUAACACUAUGACUCAAUUAAUUUCAUUAACAGAUUACAGGUGUGGUCAGUAACUGACGGCUGCAUUGCAUGAGGCAAUGCAGCACUGACACUGCCAAUGGGCUUAUCUAGGUAACUGGUCACUGGUGUAGGAAAUUUAGGGAUGGUAAAACAUGAAAACAUGUCAAAAAUUCAGAAUCUGCCCUGUUGUAUUUCUGCAUAAACAAAAAAUUGGAGUAUGUGGAAAUUAAAUUCAAACUCAGAUACAACACAAGGAAUUGUCAAUCAACUCCUUUUCACUUCUAAAUGUGAAAACACAGCUCACAGUGCAAAUGGAAUAUGGUGGAGGUUGAAUGCACGUGAAAUAAUUGUUCUUUCUUGUAAAAGCUGUGUGCUGCAAGACCGAGCACUGCUGCAUUCCUGUUGAGAGGCUUAGCCUGAAGGCCUGCACUGACAAGGGUAGUCUCAUCAUCAUCAUUGGUGACGAGAAAGAUUGUGAAACCAAAGCUGGCAAGCAGCAACAUGCCUCCUGAGGGAGAAGAGCAUUUACAAAGUAGAUCACAGAGGUGACUGCUGCAAUCCUGCUUCAUAUCUGGUGAAUAGUGCAAAGCUUAAACUUAAAACUGGCAUCCUCGAGAUAAAUAAAACAAUUA